AUGGACUUAGCCUAUGCUCAUGACUUUGUCUUAUCUUCCUUGCUGCUUCUCUUAACUAGUGCACAAACAAGCUCUGCUCAACUUGAAGAAGUUCCAACAGACCUUACUCUCGGUUUCUACAACAAUAUAUGCCCCAAUGUGGAACAAUUGGUUCGCUCUGCUGUGGUGAAGAAGUUCCAAGAGACCUUUGCGACUGCUCCUGCCACUCUACGACUCUUCUUCCAUGAUUGCUUUGUGCAGGGUUGUGAUGCUUCCAUUUUGCUGGCAUCUCCAAAUGGUCAAGCAGAGAAAGAUAAUCCUAUUAACCUUUCAUUAGCUGAGGAUGGCUUUGACACGGUGAUUCAAGCUAAAGCAGCAGUUGAUAGUGAUCCUCAGUGCACAAACAAAGUCUCUUGUGCUGAUAUACUUGCUCUUGCUACCAGAGAUGUUAUAAAUUUGACUGGGGGACCAUUUUAUAAUGUUGAAUUGGGAAGGCGUGACGGGAGAAUAUCUACUAUUGCAAAUGUUGAAGACCAUCUUCCUCAACAUUACUUCAAUUUGGAUCAGCUCAUUUCCACGUUUAGCUCCAAUGGUCUCUCCCUUGUAGAAAUGAUUCCAAUAUAUGGUGCACAUACAAUUGGACGGGCUCAUUGCAAUGUCAUGUCAAAACGAAUCUACAACUUCAGCACCACAAAUAGAAUUGACCCAACACUAAAUUUACAAUAUGCCACGCAGCUUAGACAAGAGUGUCCUCUAGGAGUUGAUCCUAGAAUCGCCGUAGACAUGGACCCUGUCACACCUCAAAGAUUUGAUAAUCAGUACUUCAAGAAUCUGCAGCAAGGAAUGGGUCCAAGCACUUCUGAUCAGGUGAUGUUCACAGAUGAAAGGUCAAAGGAUUUAGUCAACUUAUAUGCAUCAAAUGAAGAAGCUUUUAGGAGUGCUUUUGUUGAUGCUAUUACUAAGAUGGGAAGGAUAAAUGUUAAAACUGGAAAUCAAGGUGAAAUAAGGAUUGAUUGCAGCAAAGUGAACUAA